ACAUUCCCCAAAAAGCAAUAUGAAUGAGGCAUUCACUUCACCUAACGCAUAAUAACACUCUUUAGCCCACUCCACCCUACUCCACAACACAAACUACUCUCAUCUCAUCUCCCAUCUGUUAUAUAUCUCCAUCCUCCCCACCUCCCACAAAACCUUCUUCUCCUCCUCCUUCUCCUCCUCCUCCUCCUCAAAAAUGACCUCAAAAGAUUGCGGCCACGACGACGACGAUCGUAAAGACGGAUUCCGAUGUAUAAUCGGCGGCAUCUUAACCUUAAUAGUGCUAGUUCUCUUAGCAAUAUUCAUCAUAUGGCUAGUCCUCCGUCCAACCAAACCACGCUUCAUUCUUCAAGACACAACCAUCUAUGCUUUCAACGUAACAGCACCAAAUCUCUUAACCGCAACAUUUCAAGUCACACUUUCCUCUCGCAACCCAAAUGGUCGUAUAGGUGUUUACUACGAACGUCUUGAUGUGUAUGCUUCUUACCAUAACCAACAAAUUACUUUACCAACAAGAUUACCAUUCACUUACCAAGGUCAUAAAGAUAUUACCAUUUGGUCACCUUUUCUUUAUGGUAAUUCUGUUCCUAUUGCACCUUAUUUAGGCAUGUCUUUACAACAAGAUCAAAAUGCUGGAUUGGUUCUUAUGAAUAUUAAGAUUAAUGGUAGAGUUAAAUGGAAGGUUGGAACUUGGAUCUCUGGUAAAUAUCAUUUUAAUGCUAAUUGUCCUUCUUAUAUUACUUUUGGUAAUAAAGGUAAUAGUAAUAAUCCUAAUGCCUUUAAUUUUGGUGCUGCUGCUGUUAAAAUACAGCAAUCUAGUAGCUGUCAAGUUGAUGUUGCUAUAUGAAGUAAUUCAUUAUUAGCUAUUACCAUCGCUCCUUAAAUACGGAAAAAACUUUGUCUACUCAACGGGUAAUCUAUCUAUUAGAAAUAGAUAUUAAUAAUUCGUCUAUUUUCUAAUAGGUGGAUAGAUUAAUCUCCUCUAAAUACUUUAUAGUUUGUACUGCCCACUUCUUUUGCUUUAUUCAUAAUUUCAUAGUCUAGCUAGUUACCUGUAAUUUUUACUCGCUCUUUCAUUAUUCUUAUACCAUUAUCUUUUUUUUUGCGUUAUUGCUUAUUAGAGGUAAAUAGUGGGUUGCACUUUUUGAAUAAUUUGUAAAUUCUUAUUGAAGAUAAUAAUACUAUACUAUACCCACUCA